GCAUGUGGUCGUGCAAACCGCGGAAGAUCACUUGCGUAGAACACUUGGCGGGAAAAAUGUAUUAAGCGUUUAGGAAAUGUAAUGAGAAAAAACGGAAUCCACAGGUAGACAGAUUUGCAUUCCAUUUUCAAACGGAACCAACGAGUUAAAAUUUCAUAGAGUGGCUGAGAUACUAGAUACAGCGCUCCUAGCGGCAACCAACGCUAACUCUGCCGCCAUGUUCUCCUUAGUCAAAACAUUAGGAAAGCGUUACUGUUGUUUGUGUUGGAAGUGUGUCAGUUUUGUUACAAAAUAUAAAGUCAACAUGCCUGCAGUGUGUUCAGCGUUCAACUGCACAAAUCGCAGCGAUAAAACAACAAAUAUUUCAUAUUAUCAAUUUCCUUUAAAAGAUAAGGAAAUUACAAAAAGAUGGGUUAUAAAUAUGAAGCGAGAAAACUGGUUUCCUACUACAGCCAGUUACCUCUGUUCAGCCCAUUUUGAAGAGAAAUAUAUGUACCACACAAAUGUCCAGAGGCGCCUUUUGUCAAAAGCAGUAUCUACUAUCUUUAAUUUUCCACCACAUUUACAAAAGCAAGAUAAAGUAUUACGACCACAACCCAGAAAGCAAUCUUUCGACAAUUUGCAAGACAGUGCUGUUACAGUGACAUCAUUAGCACAAAUGCCUAUCGGACCCACAUCUGUUUCUGCUGACCACAAUUACUGUCUACCAAGCCCCAAGAAGUUGAAAACACAAUAUAACAGAGUACAAGCAGAGAAUGUGCGACUAAAGAAGCGGAUAAAGCAAAUGAAGCAACUGAGUGUACGACACAAAAGAAGAAUAGUGCAGUUACAGACUUUAGUUGCUGGUUUGAGAAGAAGGCUAUGUAGUUCAGUUUCUGAUAUGUUAAACAGUGAACAUGUAGUUGGUUUGUUCAAGGAGCUAUUGGAACUUAAGUGCAGUGCUAAAGUAUGCCAUUAUUCUCAGCAAAUAAGGAAAUUUGCCCUGACCCUACACUUUUAUUCUGCCAAAGCAUACAGCUACUUACGAAAAUUUGUGAAAUUACCCCAACCAAGAACGCUUCGCCGUUGGGCAAUGUCAGUGGGUGGCCAUCCAGGUUUUACUGAGGAGGGUUUCACUAAAAUUGCCUCUGAAGUUGAGAAUAGCACAACCCAAAUUUUGGCAACAUUGAUGUUUGAUGAGAUGGCUAUUAAGAAGGACCUUGUUUGGGAUGGGGAAAAAAUAAAAGGCUAUGUUGAUUUUGGGGAGGGUGGCAUAGAAAGUGAUGAUAGCGAGGUAGCAAAAGAGGCUCUUGUGUUCAUGGUCACAGCGCUAAACAGAAAUUGGAAAAUUCCUGUGGGUUAUUGUUUAGUUCACUCCCUAUCUUCUACUGUAAAGCUAAAUUUGGUACAACAGUGUCUCCGAAAACUUGAAGACACUGGUUUACUAUAGUAGCUGUGGUUUGCGAUGGUACUGCCACAAAUAGAUCUCUAAUGGCAAAUUUAGGGAUCAGAUAUGAUGAACAGGGAGCACAGAGUUGGUUUCCCCACCCUUCAAAUAAUGAUACGAGGGUAUUUUGCAUGUUUGACACAGCUCACAUGCUAAAGCUGGCACGUAAUUUACUUGCAGAAAAGAAUUUUUUGUUAGAUGGUACCAUUUCAGGCAGUGAUAACAUAAUUAAAUGGGAAUAUUUUAAAAAGUUUGUGGACUUGCAUGAAAGGGAAGGUUUGCAUGCUGCAAACAAACUUAGGAGGCGGCACAUUCUGUACCAAACUCAAAAAAUGAAAGUGGCUUUGGCAGCAAAAACUCUUAGCAAUUCUGUUGCAAAUGCCAUGUUGUUCUGCAAAGAUUUAGGAAUUAAAGAAUUUUAUGGGUGUGAGGCAACAGUUAAAUAUAUAAAAAUGUUAGACAGUGCCUUUGAUUUAUUAAAUUCUUGUCACACAAUGGGCAAGGGCACUAAGGCACCAAUUUUCAGAGGGAACAGAGACACAGUCUGUAAAAGGAUCAAUGAAUACAUUAAUUAUUUCAAGUCCUUAAAGCUUUCUGAUGGAAGUCCUGUUAUUCUGUCUAACAGAAAAAUGCCGUUGUAUGGACUUAUGCUGAAUUUAAUGAGCGUAAGGCAAAUUGCAGAAUUGUAUGCUUGGAAAGAAAAUGCAGAGCUCAAUUAUAUUUUGACCCGUAGAACAAGUCAAGAUAACUUGGAAUUAUUUUUCUCCAGCAUUUGUAGUAGAGGAGGAAACAGAAAUAACCCAAAUGCUGUGCAGUUUAGAUCAGCAUACAGGAAAUGCUAAAAAUGGAAAUUGCCAAGAAUCAAAUACUAUUAUGCUACGUCCUGCUACCGUUCCACCACUUCCUUUUGCUAAGGUAAGCCCUGCAGCUGUAGACCAUGAUUAUGUGCCAGACUAUGCCUCAGUGAGUAUGAACUCUGAAUGUGUCAUUGAGUACAUAGCUGGAAGUAUAGUGAGACAGGUGACAAACAAAAUUAACUGUACUGACUGCUUAGAAGUUAUUUUUGCUCGUAUUGAGGAUAAAAGAACUGGACUGAUUGCAGCGAAAGAUGUGAAAACCAGUUUAAUCAAUCCAGCUAAUGAUGUUGUUAAACUUUGUAAUGUUGCUGAGAAGGUUUUCAGAAAUAAUGAGGACAUAAUCCUGAAAUGUCAGAAAAACGUUUUGUUGAGGUUCAGACAGAAGUCUUCCAAUUGGUGAGAGGCUCCUUAUUUAUAAACAAUGAACAUCUUUUUACAGAAACUGAAUUUGGUGAAGAAACCCAUUAUGUUAAACUGAUAAAACUGCUGCUCAAACAUUAUUUUAUACGUCGAAUAAAUCACUUAUGCAAAUCAAAAUCAUCUGAGCAGAGCGGUAAAGUUGUGAGACAACUAUACACGAAGCUUAUUUUAUUUAAAGGUCAGUGAAAAGACUGAAACAAUUCGAAUGUCAGUUAAAACAUUGUAAAAAUUAAAUGUAAAUAAACUAUUUUACUUUUCUUGUA